AUGCCUUNUUCUUAUAGAAUUGCAGAGCUUGGAACAGAACUCCGUUCAAAGCAGGAGGAUUACGACAAGGAAAUUCAUCGCAGUAGGAAUGAAUUAGCUAAGAAAGAAAAGGAACUAGCAGAAAAGAAAGAAGAGUUGCACAUGUUAAGAAAACGACACGGUGAAUCCUUCAGAGAUCAGAAAGGCAAAAUAGAUGAAUCAGAAGCAAGAAUUGCAGAGCUUGGAGAGAGGCUUCGUGCAAAACAGGAGGAUUACGACAAGGAGACACAACGCAGUAGGAAAGAGUUAGCUGAGAAAGAAGAGGAACUAGCAAAAAUGAGAGAACAGUUGAACACGGUAAAAGAGCAGCACGAUGAGUCCUUCAGAGACCAGAAAACCAAAAUAGACGAAUUACAAGCAAGAGUUGCACAGCUUGAAGGAGAACGUAUUUCACUGCAAGAGGAUUUUGAAAAAGAGAGGCAACGUAGCAAGCAAGAAAUGACCGAAAAAGACAAAGUACUGCAUAAAGGGGAAAUAGAGCAAGAAAAGGCAAAACAACAUUACGUCGAUGAUUUGAGAGACAAGGAGACCAGAUUGAAGAGAUCAGAAGCCAGGUAGGUGCAGCGUGAAUUCUGAUUUUGUUGAUGUAGCUUAAAGUACUACUGUGACCAAAAAUCAAUUCUACUUUUUCUUUGUAUUUCAAAAAUAUAUAAUUGAACCACUAAGUGACCGAAGUUUUAAGCCUUCAUUUCAAAGACACCUGUUUAUUUUGACUGAAAUUUUCCCAAUUGAUGGUCCGCCAUUACUAACUUUAAAAUCUUGAGAGAGCUGGAUCGAGGAUAAGAUGACGUCAAAGACUCACUAGUUUAAAAAUGUGCAAGCGCCUAAAUUAAUAUGCAGCACGGGAGUUUCGAACUUUCAGACUUUUAAACUCGUGUUUUGAAUGUACAAUAAGCUGCGUUUAUACGCUGCAAUUUUAAGCUGGUGAGUCUUUGACGUCAUCUAACUCAUCCUCGAUCCAACCCUCUGAGGUCCAAUCGAUCAGUCUUGAAUGUGAAAUGACGGCCGUGAAAUCCUAAACUUGCACUCAAAGAAAACAGCCUUUGGAUAAAAUUCGAAGUUCAAGAUUUUGCCAGUCAGGUGUCAAACAAACACGCUUUCAAAAUUUGAAGGAAAAGGGGAAGUGAAUUUUUGAUCAUAGUAGCACUUUAAUACAUUUUACACUUUCAUAUUUCGCCAUCUUUUACUGUUUGCACGACGAUACAUACUAGUUAUGCAACACUUCGGAGUGGAAUACCAUAAAAUAUCCUGUGAGUCACUCGUAAUUUCUCGGUAUACACAUGAGCCUUCUGGCGUUUAGGGCGGCGAAAUACGAGAUACAAAACCCUCAACUUAUCGCGCAACAUCAGCAAAUUUGUUGCGUGGCAAGUUGUGAGUUUGAUAAAAAACGAGCAACAAAGCCAAAAUUUGUUGGUCAAAGUAGACCCGCGCUCUGCUUUUCGCAACAACUUACUUCAACCCGCAACAAAUGUUUUUGUUGCGCGACAAGUUGAUCACGCAAGGUGAAAAACGGGAAACAUCGACCAAAACUUGCAACGAAACAGUGUUGCGCA